AUGGCCCCGGGUCCAUUGACGGUCUACUCUCUGCCAACACUGCAACCUUCCAUUCAAGAUCCCAAUGUCCCUCUCGCGAGGGUCCCGUUCCUCGCAUUCCAGCUUUCGCGAAUAAACGAUAUUCUCCACCUCUCUCUCGAACGUGGCGAUUAUCAUCGCGCCAGGCGCGCAUGGAGUAUCCUCUCACGUUGCGGAAUGUUUGAUUGGAGGGCUAUGUGGAAACUGGGACUCGCCACUCUCGGUAAUGUUCAUCAAAUGAACUCCAAGUCCAAGGAGAGCAAGGAGAGAAUUGAAUAUCUCAGGGUUUGCUUAUUGAGAGGCUAUAAGACGGACAAAGAAGAGAUGCUCUCGGAGCUUGUACUCACUUUAAUCAAAUUUUCGAGAUACGAAGAAGCCUAUAAGGAGUUAGAAUUUCAUCUACUGUCAAUGCCCUUCGGCGACAAUGUGGCAUUGAACACAUACGCUGGAAUGCUUGCUCUCCAGCUUGCACUCUCUUCUCCGUCUAACGAGGAUCCAUCCGUCGCGCUUGAGUCUGCAAAAUUAUAUGAGUCGAAAAAUUACUUCGAGCAUGUGAAAAGGCUGAAGCCAGACGACUCGAAUGCCCAGACUUUUCUCUCUGUAGGGGUGUUGACCCCCUUCAGCACCGUCAAAAACCUUCUGGGUCAGGAGGACAGUGAAGAUGGAGAUGAAGAGGAUGGGAAUGACCAAGCCGAGUCAUCGGACGACGGAGAGGAUGAGCUAUUGGAGCAAUUGAGAUCCCUUUAUCGGCCUGUCGCUGUUUUGGAUCGUCGCUGGUUCAAAUUUAGCAAACCCUUCUCCGCUCCUCUGGGCUCCCUGAAUCUUUGA